GUUUUUCAAAUCAUUAACAUGGUACAAAAAUUAUUUAAAUAUAUGUAUAUUUGAAAUAAUCACAAUUUUUCACAAAACACAACUCAUUGCUAACCAGCUCAUAUGCUAAAAAAGACAACUCAUUUCUCCACUCUUUUGACAAAAACAGAGCACCAAACAUUAAACCCUUCAAAAACACAAAUCUCACCAUCACACGUAAAAAAAGAAAAUAUGUCUAUGCUUCUUCUUCUUCUUCUUCUUGUCCCAUUCAUUACUCCAUCUUCGCAAUCUUCCAUUCGAAACCUCCUCGAAGCUCGCGGUUUACCAGGUGGUUUGUUUCCAGACAACGUGGAGAGUUAUAGUCUAGAUGAUAAGACAGGAGAGCUCGAAGUUCAGCUACAAAAUCCUUGUUUCGCUCGGUUCGAAAACAGAGUAUAUUUUGAUCGUGUGAUUAAAGCAAAUUUAAGCUAUGGUGGGCUUGUUGGACUUGAAGGUUUAACACAAGAAGAGCUUUUUCUUUGGUUACCUGUUAAAGGCAUUGCAGUGAAUGAUCCUUCUUCUGGACUUGUUCUCUUCGAUAUCGGUGUUGCUCAUAAACAAAUCUCUCGUUCUCUCUUUGAAGAUCCUCCUGUUUGUUAUCCUCCUGGAUCUAUAAUGGAGAAGUUAGAAAAAAGCAAGAUGGAUAUUCAGCUCAAGAGAUGAAUGAGUUUUUUUUUUUUUGGGGUUGUGUAAGAUUCAAAACUCAAACUUGUCUCUUUGAAACUUGAACAAAAAAUGUGUUUUUUUCUUUCUUCUUUUACCUUUUUGUUCGGGGUUGUUUGGGAAACCGUGGAAAGUGUCGGGAGAUAUGUGUAAAAUCUGGAAAGAAGGGAGGAAAAUUUUGGAACUUUGUAUAAAUUAUGGGGUCCAUAAAGUAAUCAAUUUUGUCACUUGUCAAUUAUUUUUCUUUUCUUUAUAUAGAGGGAAUAUAGAGUACUUUAGAUAUUUGUUUAACUUUUGCUUUAAUUUUUGAGGAAUGAUGUUUUCGUUUAAUCAUUAUCCUCUAGCAUAAUCAUUGACAUAGAAUUAUUCUUUGAAU